AUGGCGCGGUAUGUGAUUAGCGUAAUUACUGUUCUCUGUGUGGCUUUCGGCCAUGUUAGCACUAGGUCAACAGAAUGUGACGUGCAAACGCGCAUCGAGAGCGGUUUAAUUUGCGGCAGCCGAAGGUGGGCGGGAGGCAGCACGGUCUACGCCAGCUUUAGGGGAGUUCCCUACGCUAAACAGCCGCUGGGAGAACUUCGGUUUAAGGAGCUCCAAUCGGCAGACCCAUGGGAUGGAUAUUUAGACACAAUAGUGGAAGGUCCAAUCUGCCCUCAGCACGAUGUGCUAUAUGGUAGAUUGAUGCAGCCCAGAAAUAUGAGCGAAGCCUGCAUCCAGGCUAAUAUCCACGUGCCCAUCCAUGCGCUGCCGGGUCCCUACCAGCAGAAAGCGAAUCUUCCUAUCUUUGUCUUCGUGCACGGAGGCGGCCACGCGUAUGGCUCUGGGGACAGUGAUCUCCACGGCCCAGAAUAUCUUGUGCAACGAGAGAUGAUUGUCAUCACAUUUAAUUAUAGGUUAAACGUGUUCGGCUACCUUUCCCUUAAUUCAUCAAGUAUUCCGGGUAACAACGGCCUUCGUGAUAUAAUUACCCUGCUUCGCUGGGUGAAAGCAAAUGCUAAAUGCUUCGGUGGAAACCCAGCAGACAUUACCCUAGGCGGACAAAGUGCUGGAGCAGUCAAUGUUCACCUUCUAACCCUGUCUAAAGCCGCGGAAGGGUUAUUUAACAGAGCAAUACUUAUGAGUGGGACGGCGAUAUCUAGCUUUUACACCAGUUCACCCAUCUUCGCUCAGUUCGUGGGAAAACUGUUUCUCACUAGCCUCGGCAUCAACACAACAGACGCAGAAGAAGCUCAUCAUCAACUUACACAAUUGCCCUUAGAGCAGAUCAUGCAAGCUAAUAAGUUAGUACAAGACCAAAUUGGGAUCACCGCAUUCUUUCCGGUAGUAGAAACUACUUUACCCGGAGUCACUACAAUCAUCGACGACGAUCCAGCAGUCUUGUUAGCCAACGGCGUCGGAAAGGAUUUGCCGUUAUUGGUUGGCUUUACCAGCGCUGAAUGUGAAACAUUCCGACCGAAUUUCGACAAUUUAGACAUGCUGGCUCGAAUACAAGAGAAUCCACUUAUGAUGCUACCUAUUGAUUUGAUAUACAAACUUCCACCAAAGGUAUCGUUAGAUUCAGCGCAAAAACUGGAGAAACGAUACUUCAAUAAAGCACCGACGAUGGAUAAAUAUAUAAACGCUUGCUCGGAUAUGUUUUACGUCUACCCCGCGUUACAAUUGGCGAAAAUGAGAAUGUCGACGGUCGAUGCAGCGGCCAUGUUUCUCUACCAGUUCUCGUAUGAUGCAGUGUUUAACGUCAUCGAGAAAGUGAAGGGAAUCCAGUUCGAUGGGGCAGCUCACAUAGAAGACCUGACAUUUAUUUUCAGGACAAAUUCAUUGCAAAACUGGCCAGGUUUCAGCCCACCGGCCAACGAGGACUUGACAAUAUCCGUGUGGAUGACGAACUUUGUGCAAAACUUUAUGAAUUGCAAUGAACCCACUUGCGAAGGAUAUCAUGUAUGGCCGUCGGUCAACCAACGAUCCAGUAUACAUUACCAGAACAUUCAACACCCACAAUUCUAUAGAUACGAGAAGAUCACUCAGGACCAAUUGGACAUGAUGCAAUUUUUUGAAGAACUGCAUAAUAAGACCCAAACUUAA